AUGGUGGAAGGUGCAAGAAAGAUGCUGGAUGAUUGGGAAAAAGACAGGGGAGAUAGAGAUGAAUUUCAAUUGGACGUGUUCAAGGAAUUUCACAUGUUAACAGCAGAUAUCCUGUCCAGGACCCUUUUCGGCAGUAGUUUUGAGGAAGGAAAACGAAUCUUCGAGCUUCAAGAACAGCAAAGCAUCCUGUUUUUGCAAACCAGAAGAAGUGUUUACAAUGUUCCUGGAUUCAGGUUUCUGCCGACGAAGAACAGAAUGAUAUGGAGAUUAGACAAGGAAACCCGAGAAUCCAUGAGGAAAUUAAUUGAGAACAAGAAAUAUAUCCAGGACAAUCCAAAAGCCCUACUUCCUUUAUUAUUGUCUCCCUACAGAAAUCAGAAGAAUGAACUGGAAAGGUUGAGCCCAGAUGAAAUCGUUGACGAAUGCAGAGGACUCUAUUUUGCUGGAAAGGGAACAACUGCUGCUCUCUUGACCUGGAUAUUUAUCCUUUUAGCUUUUCAUCAAGACUGGCAAACUAAAGUCAGGGAAGAAGUGUUGCGCACCUGUGGAGGAGACAAUGAGCUUCCUUCUGCGGAUAAAUUACCCGACCUCAAAAUUGUAAUGUAA